AUGAUAGGAAGAACCAACAUCGAAGGAUUAAAAAGCAACGUCACUUUGAAUGCUUGGCUGCCACAAGCUAAUUAUCCCUGUGGUAAAUUUUUUGACACCUCUAGCUUCAAAUUUAGAAGGUUUAAAGGAUUGAUAGGCCACGGUUUCAUGAUGUGCCACCCCCAGCCAAACUCCCCACCUGACAAUGUUUUUCACCCUGAUCAAUCAGUCGAGGCCGACCUUGGGUCCAAAAGAAAGGGUCGUGCCCUAUGUCCGAUUCAUGGAAUAAGUGGAAAUAACAUUAAAAGUAGUGGUAUUUCAAAUUUCGCCUGGAGGCUCCCAUUUAUCUUACACCUCUCAAAUCAUUUCACAAAGUCGGACUAG